AGAAUCUCCUGUGUUCAUCCUUUGAGCUGCAGAACGAGGUUGGCGGUUACUUCACUGGGAUCGUCUACGACCUCUCGACUAUCUCCCCAAUAUCAAAUCUUAUUCUCAUUCCACUACUACUCCUCCUACGAUUUCUUCCGCAUCUAUCGGUGUAUGCCGAUUGAGUCGAUCUCCAACCACUAAGGCGCGCAGCGCUCUUCGGGCCUGCGUAACACUUAAAACUCGACCACGACCCUCCUCCCGUCACCACCUACGACCCCUCCUCUACGACAACACACCCCUCCUCUGUCAAGAUGAAGAACGGGAAAGGUUCUCGCGGCCGCUCGGGUGCUUCAGAUCGCGGGGGCAUCCGCAAGCGGGGUGCUACUGCUCGGGUCGAUCGGGAAGGUGAUCUGAUGAUGGACGCAGGCUCGACGCGGAACCGCGGGAAGAAGGCUCGUGGCGAUUCUGGUCGUUCGAGCGGGGCAGGGCGGACGCAGGCAGCGAACAAAGCCAUGGAUGCGAUCCAGAAGGCCAUCUCCAGCAACACAGACUCGCAAGCGAACAUCCGACAGGGAGGACGAGGCAGUGGUCUGGAACAGGUUAUCGUCCGUGGCUGGAAGCAAAGCAAGGCCGCUUCUAACCGCGAUGGUGGUCUCGAAUCUCUCAUCGCAUUUCUCGAAAAGAAACUUAGCUCACCCGACUCGAAAGCUGGCACACGCGCAAGGAUAACAAAGUCGCGGGUCGAAGGCGACGCGCUUAUCGUCUCUAUCCGACCGGAGUUGUUGGAUAGGAUGCUUCAGAUCAAUGGGUUUAGCUUUGCAGGUGCCCCUCUGACGACGGAAAAGUAUGACCGGUCUAUGAGUGGCAUGUUGGAUCAGCCUAUGCUGUCCGGCGUGGCGCAGAAUGGCAGCUCGUCCUCGGCCGCCGAGACCAAGGCUAAAAUGACGACGAUUCUGGGCAGACGUUAUACCCAACAGACGAAACUACUCGACCUCUCAAAGUUGGGAACUGAUCCGGAUCUAUUAUCUAUGGGAAUCUUUGGCAGCACCUCCACCGAGUCGAAGUUCUUCCCGGCGCUCAUGAAGGUCUGGGAGUUAAACUUCGACAAUGCCACGGCGCGCCGAGAGGCAGUGGAAAGUGUCAGCCUUGCACACAAUCAACUGGCCAACAUUACGGCCGUGACGACAUUAGCGCAGACGAUCCCGGAUUUGAAGAAUCUCGACCUUUCGAAUAACGAUUUCAAAGAUGCCCAGUCGUUGAUUGGAUGGCGUUGGAAGUUCCGGAACCUCGAAUUUCUCGACCUAUCAAACACUCCGUUCAGCGCCGAUCCCACAUUCAAGGAUACAAUGUUGAAGUGGUAUCCCAAGCUCCGGUUUUUGAAUAAUGUCGAAGUUCGAACCGCCGAGGAACUGGCGGCGCAGAAGAAGACGCCGAUUCCUGUUCAGGCGCCGUACUUCCAGGACGAGGGUCAAAUUGCAGAGAACUUCGUCCGGGCUUUCUUUGCGGGCUAUGACAACGACCGCAGCGACUUGCUCAGUGGCGUCUACGACAAUCAUUCCACGUUCACGCUCAAUGUGAACACAUCGGCUCCCAGGGCCCAACAAACAGAGCCUGCGCCCUGGGAUCCGUAUAUCAAGAAGAGUAGGAACCUGCUCAAGAUUAGCCAUCUCCCUGCACGGAUGUCACGCACAUACACCGGUGUGGAGAAAAUCCGCGAUUUGUGGACCAGCCUUCCUGCCACAAGGCAUCCCGACAUCGCCGCGCACCCCGAGGAGUGGCUUAUUGAAUGCUACCCAAUCCCGGGGCUUCCUGAUGCCUCCGGACAAAGCACCACAGGUGUUGGUGGGCUUCUCAUCAUGGUGCAUGGGAAGUUUGACGAAAUCAAUGGAACCAAGGUUGAAACCCGGAGUUUCGACCGAACCUUCAUUCUCGGACCCGGUGGUGGUAUGGGCGGGAUCAGGGUCAUCAGUGAUAUCCUCUGCCUGCGGGCCUAUGGUGGACAUGAAGCAUGGGCCCCGGAGGGCCUGCCAGCUGUACCUCAAGCAGCUCCUCCUGUUGCACCUCAGGCAGCGCCUCAAACAGUGGCAGUGCCAGGCGCUCCCGAAGGCUACGGCAUGCCGGCGCCUGGAAAAGCGGACACGCAAGUACAACAAGAACAGCUGGUGCUCCAGAUGAGCUCCACCACUCGGAUGACACUCCAAUACUCCGAGAUGGCCUUGUCUGGAAAUGGCUGGAACAUGGAGGCUGCCUUGAAGAACUUUGGGGAACUUAAGGCACAGGGAACGCUGCCUCCGGAAGCUUUCCUACCUGCAGUUUAGUCGGACAAGGGAGGACAAGGACGGACAAGGGGGAGACAAAGGAGAUAGAUUAAUGGACCAAACGGGAACAUUCGUGAACGACUCGCUUCGUGUCGACCCGAUUUGGUCUUCGCAUACUCGGAUUUCGUGCCGGGGGGGGGUAUCUGGUGGUGUUUGAUUGGAGUACUUUUCUAUUGUUGUGUUGUUUGCUAUGCAUGGCUUGGGCGAAUUGCUUUAGGGCUUGCGACUUUUUCAGAACCUCUCUUUGAUGUACAAUAAAAGACCGCGACGACUUUGAUGUCCAUAUAGAUGCGAGACUUGCGCUGUACAGGGACCACCUCAAGAUAACAAACAAAAAGUGGGGCGGACGCCCCAGGAUUGCUGCCUG